AAUUUGGAAAUUAUUCCAGGUGCAUCUCACCUUUUUGAAGAACCAGGUUGUCUCGAAAAAGUAGCAGAUCUUGCAGCUCAAUGGAUUAAACGAUAUUUGGCAGACGAUUAUGAAAAGAAAUAA